AUGUUAGCAUGUUUAGCAGCCGGGCUUAUUGAAGACGAUCAAGAAUGGAGACGAACAUUAAAUGAAGCGGUAGUAUGGAUGAUACUACGACAAUUACGUUGUUUAUUCAUUCGCAUACUAAUUCAUUGCCACCCGCUUCAUCCAGAAGAACUUUGGGAAGAGUUUAAAGAAGCUAUGUCUGAAGAUUUUUGUAGGCGUUUAAGUGCAGAAGACGGACAGAAUAAAGCUUAUGUGUAUAUUAAUACUAUGCUCCACCGAGAAGGUUAUAGUCUUUCGGCAUAUCCCAGUAUGCGGCAAAUAAACGAAAUCGAGGAUUUAAUAGACGCAGAGUCAUUACAAAUUCCUACAUUAGAUGAAUCCCAAUCAUAUUAUUGUAAAUUAAAUGUUAAUCAAAAAGAAGUAGUAGAUUUUGUUCUAAAUUUAGUUAAUAAUAAAAGAAGUGAUGAUCCUCAUUGUGUUUAUAUAGAUGGUCCUGGUGGUUCUGGUAAAACAUUCAUCUACAUUACAUUAUGUCACAUAAUGAGAAAUAUGAAUAAAAAUGUGUGUACAAUGGCUUACACAGGUAUCGCAGCUACUCUUUUACCCAAUGGAAAGACAGUUCAUAAAACUUUUGGCUUACCCGUUCCUAUGUUUUCUGAUUCGUCUUCACACACUGUACCUAAUUCAUCACAAAGUGAAUAUUUAAAAAAUGUAGAUGUUUUUAUUUGGGAUGAAGCCCCGAUGUCACCCAGAUACGCUUUAGAAAUAAUCGAUCGUACUUUACGACACAUUAUGAAUAACGAUAUUUUUUUUGCUGGAAAGUUAAUGAUUUUAGGGGGUGAGUUCCGACAAUUACUUCCAGUUCAACUUCAUGCUACCCGUACUGAAACAGUUAAUUUAUCCAUAAAAUUCAGUUCACUGUGGGCUCAUUUUCACAAAUUUUCGUUAACCCAAAAUAUGCGUGCAUUGCCAGAAGAAAAAGAAUUCGUAGAAUUUUUACUGAACGUUGGUAAUGGAAGUCUUAAUGACUUAAAUGAUGAACUAGAUUUUCCUGACGCGUGUUUUAUAUCUAAAAAUAAUGAUAUAGUUGAAAAUGUGUACGGAAAUAUUAUCAGAGGAAAACGUUACGAUGAAUUAACAAAAACUGUCAUUUUGUCGGCUAGAAAUGUAAAUGUAGAUGUGAUAAAUAAACAAGUUGUUGAACUUUUAAAUAUGUCCACAGAGAAAAUUUAUGCGGACAUUGAAAUUUAUGUUGACAGUACCGAAAAUUGUGAUAAUGGGAAUUUCGACGAUGCUAUUUUACCGGAAUAUUUAAAUACUCUAAAUCCCCCUAAUUUUCCUCCUUAUGAACUACACUUAAGACAGUACACAAUAGUAAUGCUGAUUAGAAAUCUUAACUUAAGUGAAGGAUUAUGUAAUGGCACAAGGUUAAUGAUUUCAGAUUUAGGUCUCAAUGUUAUACGAUGCAAAAUUUUAACGGGUGACAAAACUGGCCACAUUGUUUUCAUUAAUAGAGUAACAUUAUAUUGCGAGAACGUUUAUCCAUUUUCUUUUAAAAGAAGACAAUUCCCGAUCAAAGUAGCAUUUUGCAUGACAAUAAAUAAAGCCCAAGGUCAAACUUUUGAAAAAAUUGGGGUUGAUCUUACCAAAGACGUGUUUAAUCACGGGCAAUUGUACGUAGCUUUUUCUAGAGUUCGAGCUUAG